AUAAUAAAACCAAUUAAUCGCUGCACUAUCUGUUGGACUCAAGUCGCCAGGGGUACACCCCCUGAAGAGCCUAGAAAUACAUAUAGCAAACUCAUGCCUUCUCACACAGACUGAGCCAUUUGUAUAGGUGAGGAAAAUCGGCGCACCUUAUAUAAAUUCAAAUCGACGGGCGCCUCAGCGAACAGUUCCUAUUAAUUGUUGACUGAGUUUGGACUUACCUGUGGAAUCGCCAAGACUUCUUGUUGGGGAAUAGAUUUCCAAAACGGAAAACUUACGGAUUAUUGCGAAAGCUUGCUUGCCAACAUAGUGUGUUAUUAAGGAAUUACCUGUGUAAUAAUCAAUACCCCAUAACAAGGCACUUAGGGAACGAAAUAUACUUUUUAGGAAAUACCUCUAACAGUGCAAAAUAAAAAAUUACCAAAAGCAAAAACGAAAGAAAACAUCUACGAGAUACAAGAACCACGAAUAAUUUGGACGAUAGAAAACUCGUUUCAAGGUCUAACAAAAUGAAAAACUUCACGAUCAGCUUGGUGAUCCUUAUCGGAACUCUGUUGGCCGCGUCAGAGGCAGACAUCUCAUCACCCAUCAUAGGGGUUCUUACGCAGGAAGUUUACGUAGAUGGAUUGAUCUCUAGACACUUUGACAACAAGACCAGCUAUAUAGCCGCCUCGUAUGUGAAGUAUCUCGAAGGUGCUGGAGCCCGAGUUGUGCCGAUUUGGAUCGGGCGCAAUCGCAGCUACUACGACGAUCUCAUGCACAAGAUAAAUGGAGUCUUGUUGCCCGGUGGAGCCACUUGGUUUAAUCAGAGCAAUGGGUAUGCCGAUGCGGGCGAACACCUUAUCCACUUGGCCAUCGAACUAAACGAUCAGGGAGUCUUUAUGCCGGUUUGGGGCACUUGUCUUGGCAUGGAACUGUUGGUUUACAAAUUGGCCAACGAAACUGAACACCGGAUUAACUGCGAGGGCACUGGAAUGGCCAUUCCGAUGGAGUUUAAAGCAGACUAUAAGAAGAGCCGCCUGUUUGCAUCAAUCAGUGAUGAUGUCGUCAACAUCAUGGUCCGGGAGAAUGUUACCUAUCACUGGCAUCAGUUCUGCUAUACGGAAAAAGACUUCGAGAGGGGUCUUCUAAAUGAAACUUGGCGGGUUAUGUCCCUAAAUAAUGACUGGAAUGGCACAGAGUUUAUUUCUACAGUGGAGCACAUAAAGUACCCCUUCUAUGGGGUACAAUUCCAUCCGGAGAAGCCGCUGUACGAGUUUACAAAAAACAGCAUUCCUCAUACCGGAGCUGCUGUAUUGAGUGGUCAAUUCUUCGCCGAUUUCUUUGUGAAUGAGGCGAGAAAAAGUAACCAGAGCUUUUCGAAUGCCACGGAGCAGGCCAGGACGCUAAUUUACAACUAUAAGCCGGAGUACACUUCAAUUCUGGGCUCCUCGUACAUACAGCAAUAUUUAUUUACCAAUAAUGAAAUGGAAAUUCCAGACAUCCCUGAUGAGGGCGGUGAUAACGAGGGGGGUAGUAGUGGCGGCUAUAUUCCCAUUAUUGUACCAGGCGAUGGCAGUUCUACCACUAUGCCUGUCCUUAGUGGAUUACUCCUGACUCUGGUUCUCUUAUCAAAUAAUUAAUUGGCUGCCUUGCUCGUCAAAUUAGUGCCCAGAACUUUGAACUUGGUCUUUCAUAUGGUCACUUAAUUUUUGCACACGAUAUUUACGGAAUUUGUUUUCCUGAUCGAAUUUAUAGCUUUAUCUUUUAAGUUAUCUAUGUGAUUGCUGAUCAAAAAGAAAUUGUCCUUGUUGCCAUGGGUCUAUCAAUAGGUAAUUUAAUGUUUGUGUCACCUGAUAUAAAGUGAACAUGAAGAGAUUUUUUGCGAAGAGCACUUCUUCUAUCAGAUCCUAGUAACUCAGUACAUUAUCUAAUUGCUCAUAGCUAUUCAAUGAAAUGUAAAUGGACAAUGAUAAGUAAAAUACCAUCUUUAAGCGUUA